AAAAAUGUCUCAGUUGAGGUGGUUUCCCUCUUGGCAGCUGUCCCAGCAAUGUCUCUGCUGUCCCCUCCUCCUCCGGAUGCGUGUACUCAACUAAUCCUUUGACUGACAGAUCUGAAUGCUUAUUUGCUUGUACUUUUUUAUUCAGUUCUUUCUUUAAGUCUCAGCGGGAAACAAAUCUCGGGGAGGAUGUUCUGUGUAGCUGCUUCUCUUGUUUUAGCUGAUAUUUGACCUCAUGUAUAUAUCAACAUGGAUCUGUCCUUUUUAUUCUCUACAGUCAACAGUUUUCACUUGUUAUUUAGUCGUUUAUUUGGAUGGUAUUUCUGUUUCUGUUCAUUACACUUAUGUACAUGAAAGGAUGCUGUUAUCAUACAUUUGAGUGAUGUUAUGUUAGUCAGAAUCACAUAAUUUCACACUUAACCAGCACACUGAAAAUGGCUUUUCAGAAUUUUAAUUAUUCACCACAGAUGAAUGGCCCUUGGUCCUGGAUCCUUGAGAGCUGUGCUGGAAGGGUUAAAUGUUUUGUGAGACGUGGCCCCUCCCUGCUCUGCUACUCUCUUGGAUAUCACCGAAGCCCUGUGCAUUUGCUAGUCUGCCCUCGUCAUGGCUGCACGGCUGUCUUGGAGUGUGGUGUGGAGGAAACGCCCCGAUGCUGUAGCCCGAGUCUGUUCCAGGGGGGUGGGAAGCGUCUCCUCUCCCACGGGGUCCCUCUCUACCUUCCAGGACAAGCCUCGGACAGUAGAGGACCUCCCACGUGUCAGCACCUUGGAGCUUUUAUACAGACUGACAUUUCAGGGUUUCUACAACCGUAUGCAUGAGCUACAGAUCUACGAGAAACAGCGAUAUGGGCCCAUAUUCAGAGAUGGAAUGAACGGAGUGUGCGUGAACACUCCGAAGCUGCUGGAGGAGGUCUUGAGAAAUGACGACAAAUUCCCUGUCCGAGGAGACAUGUCCCUGUGGAAAGAGUAUCGCGACAUGAGAGGAUACGGCUAUGGGCCGUUCACAGAGAAUGGGGAGAAGUGGUACAACUUCAGGGUGCUGCUGAACAAGCGCAUGCUGCAUCCGAGGGACUCUGCACAGUAUAGCGACGUUGUCAAUGUCAUUGUUACAGACUUCAUCAAGAGGAUCUACUACCUGCGUCAGUGCAGCCCCACAGGAGAUCUGGUGACCGAUAUGGCCAAUGAGCUCUAUCGUUUCUCACUAGAGGCUAUAUCGUCCAUACUGCUUGAGACAAGGCUUGGGUGUCUGGAAAAGGAAGUCCCAGAAGGUACGCAAGAGUUCAUCAACGCCAUAUCCAAGAUGUUCACCAACAACUUUAUUGUGAUGAUGAUGCCCAAAUGGAGCCGCCGUCUGCUGCCCUACUGGGGGCGCUACAUUGCAGGCUGGGAUGGCAUCUUCAGCUUUGCUACAAACUUGAUUGAUAAGAAGCUGGAGCUCAUUCAGCAGCGCUUGGACAACAACCAGGAUGUGAAGGGCGAAUAUCUAACAUACCUUCUCACAAACACUCAGAUGAGCACUGAAGACGUGUAUGGCAACAUCUCUGAGCUUUUGUUGGCUGGAGUGGACACGACCUCCAAUACCCUCACAUGGACUUUGCACCUGCUGUCCACGUACCCUGAAUAUCAGGACAAGCUUUAUAAAGAAGUGUCCACUGCAGUACCGGCAGACCGGAUACCGUCUGCUGAGGAGGUCACACAGAUGCCAUAUUUGAAGGCUGUCAUCAAGGAAUCUCUGAGCAGUCAGGAAUCAGUCCUAAACCAAAGCACACGAAAUGAUUCGCUGCUGUUUUGCAGGAUGUACCCUGUGGUUCCUCUGAACGGAAGGGUCGUGGCUGACAAGGACCUUGUGGUUGGUGGCUAUCAGUUUUCGAAGAACACCGGUUUCACGUUUUGUAACUACGCCAUCAGUCACGAUGAGGACACAUUCCCGGAGUCGUUCACGUUUAAGCCGGAGAGGUGGCUCCGUGACGGCCAUGACAGGCCAAACGCCUUUGGCACCAUCCCGUUUGGCUUCGGAGUGAGGAGCUGUGUAGGCCGCCGGGUUGCUGAGCUUGAGAUGUAUUUGGCUCUGUUUCGGCUAAUCAGGCAGUUUGAAAUCAAGCCAGACGCCACAAUGGGGGAGCUGAAAUGUCUCAGCCGUACUGUUCUGAUACCAGACAAACCAGUAAACCUGCACUUUGUGGACCGGGGAGGCAAAAACGCAGCCUGAUCGGCCUUGCAGGUUGAUCUGAAUGUAAAUGUUGCAUAUGAAUGGAAAAACUUUUAAACUGUAGAAACACUUCUAAGAAAGUCAGACACAGUAAGAGAGUGAGAAAAUGUCAGCAGGCCUGAAACCUGGACAACAAGGACUUUUGUAAGAACUGAGGAAUCACCGAGCAUCAUGUACGUGUCAGAAAGAUGGCGCAGAAGUUCAUCAAGAUUUUCUAAGAACGGGACGAGCAAUGAGGAAACACACAACACUUUUUAGCUCAACAAGGUGGCUGAUGAUGCGAGCUUCAGACUUCCACUGUUUCCUACCUCCUUGUACUCGACUCCCUUCAUUUAAAUUCAAAGUUCCGCUCUGCUUUUCAUGGUUUAAUAAUAAUAAUCAUCAUUCACAACACCUUUAGAGGGUGGCGGCAAGAAUUUUAUAUGUGUGUGCGUGUGUGAACUGAAAGUUCAACUCCAGCCUCAUUUCUGUUCCUUUCAUAGCAAACUCAGAUGUGAAGCCUUCACUUUGUAUGGAUAGAAAACUUCAUAUCUCGUAUUCAUGGAUAAAACUUAAAGUGAAUGAAUAAAGAUCAAUAAUGUG